AUGGCUGCCGUUGUCCAAAACAUCCUGAGCAAGAUCCAGGGCAAAGCUCAGGAUGGCCCCAGCGAGCCCUCUGCUGAGGAGUUCCAGCAGCUCAAGGCCAAAUACGAGAGCGCCGGUCAGGGCCACGUCUUUACUUUUUACGAAGAGCUGCAGUCCGCCGAAAAGGGCUUGCUCUUCCAGCAGCUCCAGACCUUUAACCCCAACCGCAUCAACGAGCUAGCCGACAUCGCUCUCAACCCGCCCAAGGCCUCAUCUGAGCCCGCCAAGCUCGAACCUCUGCCCGCGUCGGCUACAGCAUCCGUUCUAGACUCGGAUCCUAGCGAUUUGCAGCGAUAUUACGAUGAGGGUCUCAAGAUUGUCGCGGAGAACAAGGUGGCUGUCGUCCUCAUGGCCGGUGGGCAGGGCACCCGCCUCGGCAGCUCGGACCCCAAGGGGUGCUUCGAUAUCGGUCUUCCCAGCCACAAGACUCUCUUCCAGAUCCAGGCAGAGCGCAUUGCAAAGAUCCAGGGCCUUGCAGAGAAGGUGUCCAACAAGAAGGCAGUGGUGCCGUGGUACGUCAUGACCAGUGGUCCGACCAACAAGCCGACCGAGGAGUUUUUCCAGAAGAACAACUUCUUUGGUCUCGACAAGGAAAACAUUAAGUUCUUUGAACAGGGCGUGUUGCCCUGCAUCUCCAAUGACGGAAAGAUUCUUCUGGAGAGCAAGUCCAAGGUUGCUGUCGCUCCCGACGGCAACGGCGGUAUUUACCAAGCCCUCAUCACCUCCGGCGUCAGGGAAGAUAUGCGGAAACGCGGCAUCGAGCACGUCCAUACUUACUGUGUGGACAACUGCCUUGCCCGUGUAGCAGACCCGAUCUUCAUCGGCUUUGCAGCCUCCAAGAACGUCGACAUUGCCACCAAGGUGGUGCGUAAACGAAAUGCGACCGAAUCUGUGGGAUUGAUUCUCCAGAAGAACGGAAAGCCCGACGUGGUGGAAUAUUCCGAGAUUGACAAGGCGACGGCGGAAGCCAUCGACCCUGAACACCCGGGAGUGCUCAAGUUCCGCGCCGCCAAUAUUGUCAACCACUACUACUCAUUCCGAUUCCUGGAAUCGAUCGAAUCAUGGGUUCACAAGCUGCCCCAUCACGUAGCCCGCAAGAAGAUCCCGUCUGUGGAUUUAGCAACGGGAGGAACCGUGAAGCCCGAAUCGCCCAACGGCAUCAAGCUGGAACAGUUUGUGUUUGACGUGUUCCCGCUCACGCCGCUUGACAAAUUUGCCAGCAUCGAGGUCCGACGUGAAGACGAAUUCUCCCCGCUCAAGAAUGCCCGAGGCAAGGGUGAAGACGACCCAGACACGAGUAAGAGGGAUAUUAUGCUGCAGGGCAAGCGCUGGAUUGAACAAGCCGGCGGAAUUGUCGUCACCGAAGGCGACAACGCUGGCGUCGAAGUGUCUCCGCUGAUCAGCUACGGAGGCGAAGGUCUAGAAUUCUUGAAAGGCAAGGAAGUCCGCGCAACAGCUGUCGUCGAGAAGGAAUAA